AUGGUGCACUUCGAGCGGGAUAUUGGCGACAGUGCCAACGUGUCCGCCAAAAAACAAAAGCGUGAUCGUUACGAAGAAGCUGGAGACGAGCAGCACAUUGGGACAACUGUCAUGGUCAAGGGCGGUCGUAAGCAAGGUCGUGGUCGCAACGAUGGUGGUGGCGACGGAAAGUGCAACUCGGUGGGACAAUUCGAGCAGGACAUUGGUAAAGUAGGCGCUGGAGACGGCAAGCAAAACUCCAUGGAGCAAAUCAAGCAGCCAAUUAAGAAGACAGUCAUGGUCAAGGCCGGCCACAAGCAACGUCGUGCUCGUAACGAUGGAGGUGGUGAUGGACAAUUCAACUCCGUGGAGCAAUUAGAGCAGCACAUUGCACUAUGUUGUUUGCCAUGUAAUGUUUGUCCGUUUUUUGUUUCAUAUUUUAUAAAGCAAACACAAAUUAAUGGGAGUACCAAGAUUACCCUGCAGCUAAGGCAUCUACAAAUUCUCACCUCGAUUGCCGCAGAGCGCCGUUGCUGUAUCCUUUACCCCUUCCCCAUGGAAAUAAUGACGCCCUUCAUGGACGAGGGCGGUGGUGGUGGCGGUCGAGCCCGCGGGGAUACUGGUGAUCCCGGCGGCAAGAGGCGGGAGAGUAUCCUGACCAAUUUUUUCUUCGGAAGCAAAUCCGAAGCCGAUUCUAAUGUCAAUUCAACAGCGGUGCCAAAGGCAGAUGUCGCACCCAAAGAGGCGGAAUUACGACCGAAUCCGAAACAUUCGAACGACACAGAACCGUUGGCCAACCUGGCGUUUAUGGACGUCCUAAGCUAUCAGCAAUUCCUGCAAAAUCGUCGAUAAUCAGGCCCUCGGCCUGGGCUGGCUGAUUUAUUGUAGAAAAAAUACCA